AGAGUCUCUGCUCUCUCUUUCUUUUCCGUUCUAAGCGUUUCGCAGAAGAGAGAGAAAGUAUUCAUCUCUAGAGAGAGAAAACCGGAAACAUGUCCGCCUCCUUCGACGCCUUCACCGUCGACGAGCACCACUUCGCCGCCCCCGCCACCGAGGACACCUUCUCCGGAUACGACGGCUACUCCAACUUCCCCGGCGACGAUGUCCCCCUCGACCACACCUCGACGGCGGCGUCGCCGGAGGUCUUUGGAUUCAGCGAUCCCGAUCCGAGUUACUCUCAAUCCCCAUUCGAACAAGAUCACGUAGUCGAGAAUGGAAACGGAAACGAAAACGGCUACGGCGACGGCGUUUUUGUCUCCGACGGACCAGUGCUUCCACCGCCCGGCGAGAUGGAGCCGGAAGAAGGUUACGUCCUUCGGGAGUGGCGCCGUCAAAAUGCCAUUCAGCUUGAGGAGAAGGAGAAAGGGGAAAAAGAAAUGAGAUUGAGGAUUAUUGAGGAAGCGGAGGAGUAUAAGGCUGCUUUCUAUGAGAAAAGGAAGCUUACUGUUGAGACUAACAAGGUUCAAAACAGAGAAAGGGAAAAGAUAUACUUGGUUAAUCGAGAGAAAUUCCACAAAGAGGCUGACAAAAAUUACUGGAAAGCUAUUGGGGAGAUUAUUCCUCGUGAGGUUCCCAACAUUGAGAAGAAAAGAGGCAAAAAAGAUCAGGAGAAUAAAAAGCCAUCAAUCACAGUCGUCCAAGGCCCAAAGCCUGGAAAACCCACAGAUCUUUCUAGGUUGAGGCAGAUAUUGUUAAAGCUGAAACAUACACCACCACCUCACAUGAUUCCCCCUCCACCUGCACCUGCUAAAGACUCCAAAGAUGGGAAAGAUGGAAAAGAAACAGCACCUAAAGCAAAUGGAUCUGCACCAGAAGCUGCACCUGUUUCACAACCAAAAAAUGCCAGCACUAAUGGUACUGCAGAUUCACCCCCGAAAGAAGUUCCAUCCACUAAGGAGCAGUCUUCUACUUAAUUCUGCCUUUCAUACUUAAGCUCUCACAAUCUUUCUUCACCUAUGCCUUUUUCCCCCUGCUGGUCUUUAUGGAUCCUUUUGUCAUGGUAUUAGUUUCUAUGGCUUUUUUGGUUUGCAUUUUAUUUCCCCAUUGAGGUUUUGUAUCAUUUAUAUCCAUUAUUGACUAUUAUAUGACCUUGAAAUUCAAAUGUUCAUGGGUUUUUAAUACAUCAUUGAAAAAUAAAAAGUUUUUUUUUUUUUUUU